GGAUGGUCACAUGACCGCGGGCGUUGGGAAAGCAGCAGCGCAGCAGCAGAGUCUCUUGAAUACCGACACACCAAGCGGAGAAGAGUUUCAGCUCCAGAGCUCGCCUACAAACUUCAAACAGCUCUCAGGAUCUCUGUUUCUACAAAUCGGUACUACAAAUCAUCUUGACGUGUCACCAAGAAGUGUCUGUCCAAAAGAUUCCGAAUGGCCUGUAAAUAGCGUUACAAUCUCUGAGAGUAAACAAAACAAAUCUGACCGGUCAUGCGGGAGUCCGGACAGUUUGCGGAGUUUUUUUUGACCUUUAUAAUUCCCGCACAACAGUGAUUUCAGUGAUUUUUUUGUUGUUGUUGAACUGUUGAACAAAUAUUUUUUGUAAGCAAGACACUGAAAAUCUUCUGAGUCAAAGCGGGACUUCACUGGAGAACCAAGGACUGAAGAGGAGACUCGGUAAAAGCGCCUGUGGUGGAGGAGCCUGGUGGAGUCUAGUGGGGUCUAGUCGACUCUGGUGGAGUCUGGUGGGGUCUAGUGGGGACUAGUGGAGUCUACUUGGGGUCUGGUGGAGUCUGGUAGGGUCUAGUGGAGUCUGGUGGAGUCUAGAGGGGUCUGGUGGAGUCUAGAGGGGUCUGGUGGAGUCUAGUGGAGUCUAGUGUUCUCAUCAUAACUGAAUCUUUUUACAUUUAAAGUUGACGUUUUUUUAAAUAUGGUGGGGGAAAUGGAAACAAAAGAAAAACCCAAGCCGAGUCCCGACUAUCUCAUGCAGCUCAUGAACGACAAGAAACUGAUGAGCAGCCUGCCUAACUUUUGUGGGAUUUUCAAUCAUCUAGAGCGGCUUCUGGACGAAGAGAUUGGCCGGGUACGGAAGGACAUGUACAAUGACACACUGAACAGUAGUACAGACAAAAGGACAUCGGAGCUCCCAGACGCCGUGGGGCCUAUCGCACAGCUUCAGGAGAAACUUUAUGUGCCUGUAAAAGAAUAUCCAGACUUCAAUUUUGUGGGGAGAAUCCUUGGUCCACGUGGACUCACUGCCAAACAGCUGGAGGCUGAGACAGGCUGCAAGAUAAUGGUGCGAGGCAAAGGCUCCAUGAGAGACAAGAAGAAGGAGGAGCAGAACCGUGGAAAGCCUAACUGGGAGCAUCUGAACGAGGACCUGCAUGUGCUUAUCACAGUCGAAGACUCACAGAACCGUGCUGAGAUAAAACUCAAGAGAGCUGUGGAGGAAGUUAAGAAGCUGCUUGUCCCUGCAGCCGAAGGUGAAGACAACUUGAAAAAGAUGCAGCUGAUGGAGCUGGCAAUUCUCAAUGGCACAUACCGAGAUGCCAAUAUCAAAUCAUCAGCCUUGGCUUUCUCUUUGGCUGCCAGUGCCCAGGCUCCUCGAAUCAUCACCGGCCCCUCCCCAGUGAUGCCUGCUGCAGCCCUGCGUACUCCUGCUCCUACUGCUCCUACCCUCAUGCCUCUCAUCCGACAGAUCCAGACCUCUGCUCUCAUGCCUGCUGGCACCCCUCACCCCACUCUGAUGCAGCAAACCCCUGAGUCGGGUAUUAUCUACACCCCAUAUGAGUAUCCCUAUACUCUGGCCCCUGCCACCUCUAUCCUUGAAUAUCCCAUUGACUCCAGUGGUGUAUUAGGUAUGGCCUUCCCCACAAAAGGUGCAGUGACUACUAAAGUACGAAGGCAGGAUAUGCGCGUCCAUCCUUACCAAAGGGUUGUGACCGCAGAAAGAGCUGCCACCGGCAACUAACCAAUGACCCUCUGAGCUCUCCACUCUUCACCCAAUGAUGACCUGACCAUUGCCUGUGUGCUGACCAGUUCUCUGGCUCUCGUCCUUCACUUGUCUCGUACUCGCAGCCUGCUGGUGAGCAAGGAAUCAGAUUGAAUUCUCUAAAUACAACACAACACAGCAGUGACAGUCCCCCUGAGCUCAACCGUGCAUCCGAGGACCUCCAGGGUCAGGUGAUCUAGUCUCCACAGCCUGCACUGCAGCAACAUAAAUAGUAGCAAUAAUAUGGUUUAGAAUGCCAUGUAGAAACAGUUACACACACACACACACACACACACACACACACACACACACACACACACACACACACACACACACACAAACAAACAGUUUUCAGAAUUCAUAAUAGAAUAUAAAGAUUGAGCAUUAAGCUGGAGCUUUGAUUAGGGUGUGGAGACGUACAGGACUGGAGCUUCGUGGCUGUGUAAUGUGUUCAUGUGAAUCAGCAUGUCCAUUUGUGAGAGUAUGAAGAUGAGCAGGGGAAGUCUGCGAAGUUUUUUGAAGAUAAUUCGAUAUUGAAAUGUACACUGAUAAAAUAAAAGCCAUUUUCGCCCAUCAGCAUCUUGAAUAAACGCAAAUAGGAUACAUUUUUAAAGCACUGAAUACUAGCUCAUGCAUUUUGAUAUGAGGGUGCUGCAGGUAAAAUUACUCUAUUUUUCACAUUAUCUUUUCUUUUUUUUUCUUUUUUUUUUUUUUUUUUUAUAAAUCUACAGUAUGUGAUGUCAAAACUGUAAUUAAUAAAGAAGAAAAACAAUUAUUUCUUUACACAAUGGAAAGAUUUUAGAGACCAAAAUGUCUUUUUUAACUUUUAAAGUGCCUUAUUUUACAUCAUCAUCGCGAUCGAUUGAUAUCCGUCACUGUUUAUGACAACAUAUCGAUUAUAAUCAGUUUCUCCAAUUUUUUAUUUAUUUUUUUUUUUUAAUUUGGAAAUGGAAUGGAAUGCAAAAUCACACCAAGCAAAUUAGAUUUAUUUUAUUUUUGUUUUGUUUUAACAUUUAUGCAUAAAGAUUAUUUCUAACUCUUAUUUACAUUCAUGCCUGCUAACAUUAUAUUAGUUACUGGUUACUUUGUGAUUCUCACUGUGGGUCAGCAGUAACAUCUGCUCCGCCACUAGGACGAUCACGUCAGGACAGCGUUUAUCGAUAUCUUCAUCAAAAAAGAGAAGGUUUUAGUUAUUACUAUUAAUUCUCAGAAUUAGCAUGAUGAUGCAGCAGGUGUUUCUUUUUUAAUCGUACACUAUUAAGAGGUGAACUGUGAAAAGAAAACUUAAAACUAGAACUCUAUGCAAUUGAGUUGCUCUUGCCAAGUUACAUGAGGUUUUUCAGCAGGUCUUCCAGAUUACAGAGCCCAGCAUUAACCAGGAAACGAUUAGAUCGAGAAUAUGGAGAUUGCUUUUUUUUUUAAUUUGUAAUAUGAUUAACAAGAAUAAUCAAGGUUGUUCUAACUGGAUCUUCAGUAUCUCUUUUCUGUUUCUUUAUAUGUAGUGCCAUAUAUAAAGUACUGUUUAAAUGUCUAGGAAGUCUGUUUUAUCUUCUUUUUUUUUUUCUUUUUUCUUUUUUUUUGGGAACGUGGGAAUCAGCACAGGAAAAAAUUUAGAAUCAACUUCUCAAUUAACUUCGAAACUGGAGUACUGGGUUCUAAAUUUGACCUGUUUCAUUUUUUUUUUUAUUUAUUUAUUUUUUUUAUGAGCAGUAUUAUACACUUCUGUAAAUGGCUGUGUGUGUGUGUGUGUGUGUGUGUGUGUGUGUGUGUGUGUGUGUGUGUGUGUGUGUGUGUGUGUGUGUGUGUGUGUGUGUGUGUGUGUGUGUGUGUGUGUGUGUUCGGCUCCAUGAAUAUGAUCUACACCAGUCAACUGCACCUCCCUGUUUUUUAAGCAGUCAUGUUUAUUCCAUUGGAAAUGUCUGGUCCUAUUUAUAACCAUUGUAACAGCUAUAAAAUGUAUUUUUCUAUCACAUUUUGUAUGUAUGAAAUAACAUUAAAUCAUGUUUUCUGAUAUGAACUCUUAUGCCUUAUUACAGAAAUUGAUAUUUGAGGAGUUUUUCAGUCGAUCAUGAUUUGUGGAAUUUCAUGGAAAUCUGGUGUUAGAAUAUCAUUCAUUUUAAUAGGGACAAAAUGCCAAUCAGGUUAUUAUUAUUAUUAUUAUUAUUAUUAUUAUUAUUAUUAUUAUUUUGAUUUAUAGGACAAUAUUAUUUAAUACCCAGCAUAAUGUUGUAGCCAUUGCUUCAAUUCCCUUUUUAAUAUAGCAUAAUAGAGUUUGCUGGGCCAUUUGGUUUGUCUUUUUGAGUUUUAGUGUUGCUUGACUUCUGUGCCUUUCUAUGUAAAGUGUGAGCUAAUAACGGUUUUGUUUAUAUAAUCUGAUUAAUCUUUUCUUGCCUCUGGUACUAACAUUUAAAGAACUUUAUCUUUAACUACUUUGAUAAUUUGUCUGCUUUGAAUCUUUUCAAAUCAAACUGUGUGACAUUAAGCAGAAGAGUGUUGAACUGACAUUUUAAAGACUAAACUCUGUACUGAAAAAGCAAUAGCAGGAUAUUAAAAAUCAUAGUUUUAAAAGAAA